AUGUCUAGUGUACGUUACUAAUUCCUCGUGAUAAGGAAGAAAGUAAGAAGAGUAUGAGGAGUAUCAUGUUUGCAAAUUUUAUUGCACAUAGAGUCAGCCCCACAAGUUAAUUAACUUGUGGGGCUGACUACACAUCUAUUCAGAUUAGCAAGGUGGGUUAGUUUUAAAUUCAUGAUAUUGUGGAGGGUAGAUGGAGCAUUCAGAAUUGCUGAAGUCGUGAUAUAUGUUUUUGACAUUGAAAGCCGGUAAGUAUCCAAAGAUUUGGUUUAUUAUGGUUCAUGUCUGAAUGCUGUAAAUCAAAAUUCUCUCGGUUAGAAAAUCUUGUCUCAUAAAACAAACAAGACAAGUGAAGAUAGAAUGGAUUGAGUAUGUUCGUUACUUUAGCUGUUAAAGUGCUUGUUGAGUUGUGAUCAUAUACUUGUGUCUCAGGUUCUUUCAACGUAUUUCUGCAAUAUUUCUAUUGUUACAAUAAUUCAUUGAAAUUAUAUUCCUCUUUAGAUUUAAUUACAUAUGACCUGACUUAUACUGACAUAUUCCUUGUCUUGUUUCAUACGCUCUUCAUCCAUAUUCACUAGGCUGAGCCGUGUUGUGCCGUCUUCCGACUCAUAGUAGGAGUCUGGUUGACUUGCGUCCAUCGCUUGAAAUUGUUUGAUCAGUUAGGUUCAUAGAAUUCGUCAGCCAGUAUAAAUUAGGCUUGCACCAUACGUACUGAAGCAUAGAGUGUCAUGGGAAAUCAUUGGAAGUAAUCAGACCAGGGUACUGAACAUUUUAUGGUGUUUCUGGCUUCGAACUAGGCUUAUUGCAAAUUUUGAAUUGCUUAUUUGUCGUGUGCAAGGUGUUCACAAUCUACCGUUGGGAAUUUUCGCCAAAAUAAAUCCAUGUAGGUCGUAUCGACAAGGAUAAACUCCUAACUUUCUGUAGUUUAGUAUUUCUCAGCUUUCGUCUUCAGAUUUCAUCUUUACACCACUCGGAUUAUCAGUCAUUCCUUCUUGUGUUGCAGACGUGUUAUUUAUUUCUACCCACUCCACAGCAUUUUUUCUCCAUUUUUAUUCUUCUAGUCUUUUACUUCAUACUACUUUCGGUAUCGUUAUACCUUCCUUCUUGUUGAUCGUCCAAUUUCUUACAGAUAAUACAGCAGUUUUUGUCUAUCCAUAUCUGUACAUAGUCCUGGUUUGUUUAUUUCCGACUGAUUUGUUCUAAUCAUUCUGAUUAAAGGUUAUUUAUGGGAUAAAAACUCAUGACGCUUUUGAGUAGAUGUUUUCCAACAGUGUCGCUCGUAGAUUGUAACCUGCGAUCACUAUCAUGAGCUGUGGACCCUGCUUUAGCGGAUGUCACUCCAAAUCUCUUUCUGUUCAUACAAUAUGAUCUUGCUUUUAUUGUUCAAGUCUGCACUAGUCAGUUUUUUUCGUCGUUUGUAACCCUAAUACUGGCAAGUUUUUCAGUAAACUUUGGAUGAAGGUUUUAUCAAGUACAUUGUCAAUAUAAAAAAAUAGUACACCGACAGGCUAAUCGGUUUCGUGAGCUUGCAUCCAGUAAGAGUAGUAAGCUUAUCGAGUGGUGACCGUCGUUAAUGUCAACCAUUACUGACUCAUAUGAUCUAACAAAUGGUCGAUUCACCCUACCUUGUGUUUCCUAAACAUUUAUUACCUCCGCUGGUCAAAAGGAACAGUUAAUAAUACGCUAUAAGCUACUGGUUCCAAGUUCUAGAAAUCAAGCUAGUUUUAGCCUAUAACCAAUCUGUCGAAAACAGUUUUAAACGGAAACAUUACUUAACUUAAAAAGACGUUCUUCAGUGACCUGAAAAGAACUACAUCUGUAAUAUACCUAUGUCUAAUUACUUAGGAACUAUAGAAAGACACUGUCUUUUUCAAUAAACAUUAAUUACGGUGGGAUGGUAUCACUUGUUGAUAACCAGAUUAUAUCAACCUUGGACCUUGCACAAAUACGUAUCAGCUUAAGUUGUCACACUACAUAGGGACAGCAUAAAAACCCUAGCAAGAAAAAAAGCCUACGUCACUUACUUAACUUACUUAGGUCUUGAAAAAAAGUUUACGGAUUAUCUGAAUAUGCGUAGAAUGUUUCGUACACUUGAUGUACGAAGAAGUGUUCCUCUACAUCGAUGUUUAGUUUGUACUGCACUGAGGCAACGGGUGUGUUGGUUUGCCACAUUAGUUUUGCAUAUUUAGCAUUUAACCACGAAUUCCUGUGUGAAGGUCAGAGACACAACUCGAUCAUGUUAAUUAAGUUGAUCAAAAUGUAUUGAACCUGAAACUUGAUUAAAAUGCAAAGACCCUAAUGACUACGCACUUGGAGAGAAAUCACUAAUGGUAUCAAGGUUAUGGUAUUACUUUAAAGUGCUCAGUCGUAUGAAUAAGGUAUUUGUGAUAGGGCUUACAGGUUCCAUAACGUCUAUGUUGGUUUGCUUAUGUGGUUAACACACAGUAAUUUGCUCAAAAGUUAGUAAAGACUAACAAUAAUAUAUCGCUGUGUUCAUCUUGGGACAUGUACAAAGAUGCAGGCUUCGUCAAUGAAACUAAUAUAGCAGUUGUACUCUGUCUUUGUAUAUUUAAUAUAAUAUGGUUCACUUUCAACCACAGAGUUGCAUGUAUAACUCCAAACCAUGGGUGCCACACUAUUCUACACCUUCAUUCUUCAACCCUUUUAUUUUCGCUUGACUUUUAUUUUUAAAAUUCUAAUGGUAAUAACUUCACAAUAGAUUACUAUGUAUUCCUAUCACUAAACUGUUUUCAUUUCGCAGUCUUAGUAUCCCAUUUCCUUGUUGUACAUAAUAAAUCAAUAGUGCAUAAAAAGUGAUUAUAGCUAUUCUUUGUAUGAACUUCUUUUAAUCGAUCCCAAUAUUGACCUUAGUAGCUAUCUUUGAUAUGAUGUCCCGACCGUUGUUGCUACCUUGACGUGGUGGUCGGGCUUGCCUAUCAUGAUGAAGCAACCGAGCUAUACUGGCUGGAACAACCGUUCCUCAAGGUCCUACCAUAUCAGACAGGUCGGUUGAAGAGCGGUAAGACUAAAAGCAACAAACCCAAGGUCCGAAGGCGAAGUCGUACUGUUGACUGUACAGAGGUGUGACAGCAGUAAGGUGUUUCCUUCAGACAACCAGCAUGAAAGCGAUGCUGCCUUCCCGCAAGGAGGGGUGGGGUUAGAAAAGAUGGAAUCGAAAAAUGCCUACCUCUCCUUAUCUCACGGAUAUCCGUCUCCGAUGGUAAGGUCUCAACAAGUACAGAGCUAACACGAAGAUUACCCACAAAAAGGUCGUGUGUGACCGACCUCAAGCAGUUGUCUCUUGGGCACUGCGGUCACGCUCCCAGGUCAUUAAGAUCACCUCUACUCCAAUUUCGUUUUCAGGUGCCUCCAGAAGAACCCUUCCAUGGUGUGGGCAACCGGGGAGUGAUAACCGCCCUCAUACCUCUAACAGCACUCAAGACCGCUGUAUUCAUAAUCAACCUCUGUCUUCACUUCCUAUUAUUGCUCUUACAUUGACUUUCACCUCUAAACUUCCUUCUUCGGCUUCCCCCUCAAGUGUCACCAUAGCCAACGAUUCGAGUGCUCAAAACGCUGUCCCAGGUCUACUGAAACCUCGCUCCAAACUACACAUUGGAGCCUUCAACGUACGCACCCUAUGUCAAAUCAGUCAACAGGCUUCCUUGGCUAGAACCCUAGAAUCUCGUACCAUUGAUGGGUAUUUUAGUAUUCCGGCACAAUGAACAGAUAAUGGUGGUCGUCUGCUGCAACUGUGCUCAGACAAUCGUUUAUUUUUAGCAAACACAAAUUUUAUGCAUAAGGAGAGACAUCGUCUAACAUGGCGGCUCGUGCACCAAACCAACGAUGGACUCAAAUAGACCGUAUUGCCAUCAGUCAUCGUUGAAGAGGGUCGGUAGAAGAUUGUCGCGACCGUGAGCAAAGGUGCGCAACGAAAGCAAGAGAGAUGAAAAAGGCGGCUAUAGGGAACACAAGACAGCUCUACAGACUAAUAAAAGAAACUGGAAUUAAUAAGUCAAGUGUAAGUCAGACUAUUUCGGAAAAAGACAACACCCUCAUCUGCUCUUAGUCCAGACGUUUAGAACGAUGGGCGGAGCACUUUAGGGAACAGUUCAGCUGGCCUUCAGCGACUCUACAACUACCCUCCAUUCCCAGACUGUGAAUGGAACACUGAAGUAGGUCCCCCAACUGUAGCAGAAGUUCAAAAGGCUAUAGUUAAUCUGAAACGAGGAAGGGCAGCUGGUCCAGAUGGAUUGGCUCCAGAAGUCUUUAAGGAUGUUGGUCCAAUUUUAGCGAUUACGUUGACUAAUAUUUUAGCUAGGAUCUGGGAGUUAGACGUUAUUCCAUCUGACUGGUCACAAUCACUUAUCGUCCCAAUAUAUAAGAGAGGGUCAAAAUCAUCCUGUGGCAACCAUAGAGGGAUUAGUUUAACUAAUAUAGUAUCUAAAAUACUAGCCUCGAUAAUUACCAGACGCUUAACUAAGACUCGUGAACUACAAACACGAGAGAAUCAAGCUGGCUUCAGACCUGGUCGUGGCUGCAUCGACCACAUAUUCACCAUUCGUCAGGUUCUAGAACACAGGCAUACUUAUCGGCGUCCGACAAUGGUGGUCUUUCUUGACUUAAAAGCAGCAUUUGACUCUGUAGACCGCGAGAUUCUGUGGCAGUGUCUGUCAUUGAAAGGCGUACCCCAGAAGUACAUAAACCUUGUGAAGGCUCUUUACUCGAACACUACCAGUGGAGUCAGAGCUUAUGGAAAGUUGUCAUUUGAUUUUUCAACCUCAAGUGGUGUCCGUCAAGGCUGUCCACUAUCUCAAUUUUUGUUGAGCUUCAUCAUAGACCUACUGAUGGAAGUAACAUUCUCGGGUACUGAUCUCCUUCCAGGAGGUCCACUUAUCGACUUAGAAUACGCAGAUGAUAUAGUCCUGUUUGGUGAAGACGCUGACAAAAUGCAGAGUCUUCUGGUUGCACUGAGCAACAAUGCCAGAAUGUUUGGAAUGCGCUUCUCUCCCUCUAAAUGCAAAUUGUUGCUUCAGGACUGGUCUGCGUCAACACCUGAACUAAGGAUAGGGAGUGAAGUAGUCGAACGCGUUGACAACUUCACUUAUCUUGGAAGUCUGAUCAGCCCUAUUGGGCUGGUAUCGGACGAAAUCUCAGCACGGAUUCGAAAAGCUCGUUUGGCUUUUGCCAACUUACGUCACCUAUGUCGAAGGCGAGUUAUCCGUCUAUCAAUAAAAGGACGAGUAUACUGCGCGACAAUCCGUUCUGUUUUACUUUACGGUAGCGAAACAUGGCCAUUAAGAGUAGAAGAUACUCGUAAGCUACUAGUAUUUGACCACAGAUGCCUUAGAAAUAUUGCUGGCGUCUGCUGGGAUCAUCGGGUAAGUAAUAGUGAGGUUAGAUGCAUGGUAUUAGGGAACGAUGGUAAAUCAGUUGAUGAGGUUGUUAAUCUUCAUCGACUGAGAUGGUUGGGCCACGUGUUACGUAUGCCUGAACACCGAUUACCACGAUGUGCAAUGCUAACCGUGUUCGGGAUGGUUGGAAGAAAGUUAGGGCAUCAGUGCUUGAAGUCACUAACUCCUAGUCUGAGUCACGUUGGUAGAUGCAGACUACUUGGUUGGGGUCCGCGUGACUAUCGUAACCGAUGGUUGGAGACUCAUGGUUCAGAAUCGAUCACAAUGGCGUCCGUGUAUACACUCUGUCUUCCCGUAAACUUAGAGAAUAAAGUCGCUCCAUAUCUUUCUUUCUACGAACUAAUUCUUUCUUGCUGUACUAUAUCCUUAUAUGCAAUCAUUCUUUUAUAUAUUACCACUUCUGAAUUAACUACUUUUAUGAAUUUCGUGUUCAUCUUGUUGUGUUAAUGAGGUAUGGCAACUUGGACCGAUGCAUAUAUGUGCCUGGUCUUACGUUGUAGCUGACUGACUGACUUGAUAUGAUGUCUUAGGUUUUUCCGUUGCGCCUUAUGGCAUUAAAAGCUAUUUGUCUAUCUUUCAGAUUACUAGUAGAGUUAACCACUUUAAAUGUGGCUAAGUGGCUUCAAGCUUAACCGUGAUUAAAAUCCCAACCUGUAAAUUGAUGUGAUAUAUAUACCUUUAUGCUUGAAAAUUUGAACUUAUGACGUUUUAGGACAGAAAAAUUAACUUCUCUAGUUGAAACAAGUUCACUAAUCAAAAAUGUUUUUUAAACUACGAGAUCGUAUAUCAGAAGAACCAUUUACUGUCAUCAAUUUAGUUACAUUUUUCGAAUCCGUCUCAUCUACGUACACUUAAAAAUCUGAGUAGUACCAUUCCUCUCCACAUACAAAGCGAAUGUCUGGUAUUUGACUGUCAAGCCAGCCGCAUGUAUUUAUGACGCCAAUUAUUAAACAUCAUAAAAUUCCUUUCAGUCUGAGAUGCUUAGACUUGUUAGUUUACCUUAUGUUGUCACUCAGACUUAAAGAACAUUGUCAAAUAUCGACCAGUUCGUCAUUCACACAUUUUUUUGCUGUUACCUUUUUUGCGAUUUCACCGGGAUGCUUGGUUGUGAAGUGUAAUGAGAUCAUUGCCUCAACUGUCCCUCAGUCAACCACCCUUUGUACCACUAUAUAUCGCCUGUGGUAGCUGUCAUUUUUUACUUCAAAUUUUCUAAAGGUUAUUCAUGCCAAUGCAAACGUUUUUUGCAACAAAUCGUCUGCCCGUCCGAUCCUUAUUACUUGACCAACAGAAACUUCUGAUUUAAUGUCUGCAAACGCUAGUUUAUUAUGUACAGGCUUCCGUUUAUAAAAAAUGAAAUAAUAUUAUUGAGUUGAUCUAGAAGCUAGAUUGAAUGUUGGAUGUAGAGGUCAUUCGUGAGUUUUUAACAUUUCUGCGCGGAUUUUACUGUUACGGAGUGAUUUACUUUAGAGUUCCAUGAUCUCCUGCUUACUUUUAGAUAAGGUUAUUUAAUAAUGGAAAAUACCUUCAGUUUUUUGCUGAAUUUUCUUAUUUGUGGUACAAGAAUGUUCAUUGGUUAAACUGUUCUAAAAGAAUAUUUUAGUUAGUCCUUACUGUCUAACAUUGAGCUGUUUUUUUUAAAAGACAUUAAUCUUACCACAUGUGUAUGUAACAGUUAUUUCAAAUUAGAAAGAAAAAUAUUGAAGCAGUUACAAAACCAUGUACUUAUUCAUGCUUUACUAUAUCUAUAUGUCAUGAAAAACUAUUUAAAGCUUGGUCUAAAAUUGAUUAUGAACUUAUUCCAAGUAUUAAAACGUUGAAGCUUAGUUCAAAGCAACCUUGUGAUGUACUCGAAGCUGAUGAAGUGGUUUUGUUUGAAAGAGCAACAUUUUAGAGGUCGCUUGCCACUCUAGCUUUCCACAUUUUGAUCUAUAUAGGUAAGUGAUCAGUAUUGAAUUCUCAUAAUGACUUCAUAAUUUUGAUUUGAAGAGGUAAGCAACAUUGUGAAACAAUUCGAACUCUCGUGUAGUAAAGUUUCAGCGAAUUUCACGAAGAUCGAAUUACACAAUCAGUACUUUGCUGCAUUUAUUAACGUUUUUACAUCUAAUACAUAGAUUAUGGUAGUGUGCUCUGAUUUAUUCGUCGGUAUGUUUGUGGAGUUCAUAGUAUUUCUUAGCUUCAUCGUUUAUCACUAUUCUUAUUCUUUAUUAAUCGAUGGUAAUCUAUAUUAAGUAGUUUUCUUUGUACUACGUGUGUGAUUUUAUUUGCGCGGUUGCAAUCUGCGCAACCUAAUCCUUCGAUUCACAGCCAAACAAUUCAAAUCAUUGGUUAAUCACAGCUUCACACUAGUCUACUAAUCUUAUGUAAUUUUUCGGGGUUGGAUCGCUAACCUGUAAUAUAAAUCUAACAAUAGUGACGUGAUGGACGACAUGCAUACAAUUGCAAGUACGAUCAUAACCGACAUUGUUGUUAUCACGUGUUAUGAUAAGAAAUUUUCCAAUAUGAACCAUUAAUUUAUUUCAGUGGUUGAGAUCAUGAGUCAAUUGAUUCUUUGUAAAGGAAGGAACAUCUCACGCUUCACUUUUAUGGGUUUAAUGAAAUAAACUUGGGUUUUAUGAACAAUAUUCCUUAUUUAAACAGUUAUCAGAAGCAUUGAAUUUACAGUAACUGGUAAAAUCAAGUUUUGUAUCUUAUCCACCUUUCAGUCAAUGUACAUCUACUGACUGUAUCUGGAUUUUAUUAAUCACAUUCUACGUUUUAUGCACAAUUUGAACUCUAGAUACCAAAUGUACAGCCCAUGAGGAAUGUCACCGACCAUUUAUUGCAUGUAAAUAUGUUGGUUAAUUCUGUUUAUAUUAGUCUGAAACAUUUAGAUCUUAACUUGUUUGUGCUCUUUACGGACAUUAUGGAAUUCGGCAACUUGUUUCGUCAAUUUAAACUUCACAACGUAUACUAAAAGAUUGUGGAUCACUUCUAUUUUCUAUAACCGUCCCUAAUUUUGUCAUAAUUACAAAUUUUGUAAAUAAUCACAAGUAAAUGUCAAGUAAAAAGAAUCUUUGUUUAAUUAUAGUAGUUAAAUAGUAAUUUUUAACUGAAUUCUAUCUGAUGUAAUCCGGUUAUAUGUUGAUUGUUUUAACUUAAUACUUAUCAAAACCCUUCAGCGCCCUCCGCGGCUUUGCUGAGUAUUCGAAAUGCACGUAAACAUUUCGAAUAUUUUGAUCCCACUAACUGCGUUAUACACUUUUGAGAAAUUAUAAUGAUAAACAGGAGGACGUUUCAUCUCUUUCGUUGUACUAAUACCACUGAACGGAACAUUGUCCAGGUGCAUACAUUAACCAUACCAUUUUCACGCUUGCCUGUUGUCGUUCAUUCUUUACUGUUGUCCAAUUCUUAUCCUAAUAUUUAGCUCUUAAAAAUGUUUGACGGAAUGCUCAUCAUUUAUCAUAAAUUUUUAGCAUCAUUCAUUUUUAUCGAAUUAACAUAAAACUCACAUUUUGAUCUAAUUCCCCAUUAUUAACAUAAUUCCAAGAUAAUUUGGUUGAUGUGUAUAUUAUAAUCUCUAAAUACAUUUUUACUAGUUAUUUUAUCAAAAUUAUCUUUUUGUAAAUUCCUAUAAAACUUUGAUUAUAAAGUUGAUUAUCACUGUUCACUUUUUAUUACAUUAACAAAUAAGCAUUGUGUUCACUUGAGACAUUAACGUACGAAAGACGCAAAACAUACAGAUGGUUACUCUACGUUGUCCACAUACUAAAUUAUCUCAGUAUUAGUCAGUAAAUCAUAUCAUUUGAAAGCCUAAAACUUUUUAAAUCCCAGGCUUCCGUAAACUGAAUCUCCCGUAUUUUUGGGCAAAUUACAAAACGUUACGGCUUUACGCAGUGGACAUUUCACAAUUACUGAUAAGUAUAAUAACAUAGGAAUAGUCUACUCAAGGAGUUUUUAUCGUACGCAAUAUAAGCUUCUGUAUACAAAGUUGGUAAUUCCUAACUGCUUCUGGAAUCAUCUGUUUACAACAAUAAUCCAUAAGUAAACCAACAACUAGUUUUAAAAUAACAUCCUAGUUGGAAAGACUAUUAUUUUUGCUGUGGACUAUAUUCCAGACCUUUUGUGAUUGUUUAAUCUAGAUCAAAAUAAAAGGAAUUUGUUGGAAAACUACUAUGUGAAUUAAGUCGAACAGGGAGCAUCGAUAUGCUGUAUGGUUAGAGAUUUUACAGCAGUUAGGUUAGUCCAAAUUUCAUCACCUUUUAUGGCUGACACAAAUUCCGAGUGGAUUAUACAAUCAACUACUGAAAUUAGUAUUGGAAUAUUUGUGAACCGCUCUUUUGUAAAAUGUUUUGCCCGAGUUCGGUAGUCAUCUGCAAUUAGCAACGUUAGUUGGGAAUAAAAUCCUUAGAAGUGACGGGGCAAAUUGCCUCCAACAGAAAACUGAUGAACACCACUACGAUAAUAAACUAUGAAUGACAGCUUAUUUAAGGAAAUCCGCAGAGGAACUCGAUCCGCGCCAAGUGAAAUUCAAAAAUCAUCUGAUACAAUAACUAUGGUUGCAAUAAAUAAACUUCCGAGGUCCAAUCAAGGGCUGUGAUUGUGGUUAAAGUAGUUAUUCACUGCUCUUUGAAUGUUCAGGAGACCAGUUCGAGAUGGAAAUUACUAUCAAACAGACAAUUAUCUUGAAGGAAGAAUUAUGUUAAGAGAUUUUUAGCGCAUUCCCAUAAUUUAAAAAAAUAAUUAUCAAUAUUCGUUUAGAUAAUGCUGAUCAAGAUAUUUGAUUAGGAAGAUUCAGCGCUCUUUGUAAUUCCGUUUACAGGUAGUGUGGGAAUGAUCUUGAUUUUGGUGGGGCUUCAAAUCUGCGCCACUAUCUCAAUGUUGGUGAUUACUAUUCUCGAGUAGGUCAUGAAAAUAUCUACUAAACAGGUUGAUAGAUUGAUUACUCUCUCUCGAGACGAAAUAGGAUAGUAGAUGAUUGCGCUGUAUCACAUAGGGUAGUGGAGCGUUCUACACCGAAUAGAGCAUUUGUGAUAUGACGUUGGAUUUCAUCUGAGUAAUUGAUGUUCUUAGGUAUUUUAUGAAGUGUAAUCGUGGGGUACAAAAUCACUAAAUGGUUCAUAAGUAUUAAAUAGCCCAGCAAUGACAGUACUAGCUCGUGAAGUCUGUCUUUUUAUUUGUCCUUCAAUUUUGUGACCCGCUUUGUUGUACGCCUUUGUACCAUAAGAUUAAAUUCCUUUUCAAUGAGAAAUGAAAUAACGUUGUACGUUGUCACAUCUUAUUGUAUCUAUCAAUUUAGAUAUGUGUGCGGAAACACGUACAUAGGGAGGAGCAAUCGUGAUUUGCAAUUAAAGGUGGGUGAACACAUACGAAAAUGGCUGCAGAAACAAAUGAAUUGCAGUGGUCAGCUAAGAUCACAGGAUAGACAGACAUCAUCCUUCAUUCCGAAACAUAUGAUUGAGACUGGUCAUAAGGUUGACAUCAAGUCAGCAUUUGUAGUGUUGCAUAAAAACCUUCAAGGACGUAUACUAAGGUUAAUUGAAGCCUUGGCUAUGCGGAAACUGAAACUGCCUUUAUGCAUUUGAAAACAUUUUGUCCUUACAUUGAACCUACCCUGGUAAUACUGAUUUAUUAUCCAGAGUGGUUAUCACAUUGGUUUUGUGUACUUUAUUUUUUUAUUUGUUAUGGCUUACAUCUAAUUUGUUUAAUUGACCUUUACGUUUUCAUACAAACAUGUCUCAACAAGUACACGUGUGAUCAGGCUGUUCAAAAUGUAUUGCGCAAAUAAAUCACAUAAUUCUGAUAAACUUCAUCUUCUCAUUGCAUCAUCGAAAGUUAUCAAAGGGACUAAUUGUUUCAAAUAAUAUUUCACAUUUAAAUUUAUUCUGUGGUGCACAAUGUGUUGAGAGAUAAACAAGACGGCGACCAAAUUCCUUAUGUCCAGCAUUGCAAAUCACACUUUUUACUGAUGAUAAAUAGAGUGAAUAUCUG